AUGGCCCAGGUCAGCAUCAACAAUGACCUUGGCGAGUGGGGUCUGAGCACGGACUCUGGGGAGCGGGCCCGUCUGCUGCAGAGUCCCUGCGUGGACACAGCCCCCAAGAGUGAAGGGGAGGCGUCUCUUGAGAGUCUGGGCAGAGGCACCACUUCCACAAUUGGGGCCAUCUUCAUCGUCGUCAAUGCCUGCCUGGGUGCAGGGCUGCUCAACUUCCCAGCGGCCUUCAGCACUGCAGGGGGCGUGGCAGCCGGCAUCACACUGCAGAUGGGCAUGCUGGUCUUCAUCAUCAGCGGCCUCGUCAUCCUGGCCUACUGCUCCCAGGCCAGCAAUGAGAGGACCUACCAGGAGGUGGUGUGGGCUGUGUGUGGCAAACUGACAGGCGUGCUGUGUGAGGUGACCAUUGCCAUUUACACUUUCGGCACCUGCAUCGCCUUCCUCAUCAUCAUCGGGGACCAACAAGACAAGAUUAUAGCUGUGAUGGCAAAGGAGCCUGAGGGGGCCGGCAGCAGCUCCUGGUACACAGACCGAAAGUUCACUAUCAGCCUCACUGCCUUCCUCUUCAUCCUGCCCCUUUCCAUCCCCAGAGAGAUCGGAUUCCAGAAGUAUGCCAGCUUCUUGAGCGUCGUGGGCACCUGGUACGUCACUGCCAUCAUUAUCAUCAAAUAUAUCUGGCCAGAUAAAGAGAUGACCCCAGGGGACAUCCUGACUAGGCCAGCUUCCUGGGUAGCCGUGUUCAAUGCUAUGCCCACCAUCUGCUUCGGAUUUCAGUGCCACGUGAGCAGUGUGCCGGUCUUCAAUAGCAUGCGGCAGCCCAAGGUGAAGACCUGGGGUGGGGUGGUGACAGCCGCCAUGGUCAUAGCCCUCGCUGUCUACAUGGGCACGGGCAUCUGUGGCUUCCUGACCUUUGGAGCUGCUGUGGACCCCGAUGUGCUCCUAUCCUACCCCUCGGAGGACAUGGCUGUGGCUGUUGCCCGUGCCUUCAUCAUCCUGAGCGUGCUCACCUCCUACCCCAUCCUGCACUUCUGUGGGCGGGCGGUGAUCGAGGGCCUGUGGCUGCGCUACCAGGGGAUGCCCGUGGAGGAGGACGUGGGGCGGGAGCGGCGGCGACGCGUGCUCCAGACUCUGGUCUGGUUCCUGCUCACCCUGCUGCUGGCACUCUUCAUCCCUGACAUCGGCAAGGUCAUCUCAGUCAUCGGAGGCCUGGCUGCCUGCUUCAUCUUUGUCUUUCCAGGGCUCUGCCUCAUUCAAGCCAAACUCUCGGAGAUGGAAGAAGUCAAGCCAGCCAGCUGGUGGGCGCUGGUCAGUUAUGGUGUCCUCUUGGUCACCCUGGGAGCCUUCAUCUUCGGCCAGACCACAGCCAACGCCAUCUUUGUGGAUCUCUUGGCAUAA